AACAAACCCCUUCACCUGCAACAUUACUAUUUAACCCCAUCGUAUCACCCCCAAUUCAACCUCAACCCAAUUCAACAACACCCCUCCCUUUAUAUCAUCCUCCAUUGUUCCCAAUUCAAUUCCAUUCACACAAUUGCUGUUUUGCUAGGGGUAAAACCCAGGUUCAUCAAGUUGCAGACAUCACGGCUAUAUUCGGAGCCCCUCGGUCAUCUGUACAUGUCCGAUCGGAACGUGGGUUGGGCGUUGUAACCAUCGAAAGCAACCCUCAUACGCACGGCGGACGUGGAGCUUUGCCCUCUGAAGGCGGCUGCCCUUCUGAUCUCCUCUUUCUUGCUGGUGGUGGUGGUGGUGGUGGGUUUCUUUCUGUUCUAGUGUAGGUGUGUGUUUUAGGGUUAUACAAAUUGGUGUUGUUAGAAGUGAGUGAUUGAAGAUGAUGUUGAGGAUCAAAAGAGUUCCUACUGUUGUGUCUAAUUACCAGAAGGAUGAGGUGGAGGAAGCUGGUGCUGGUGCUCUUGGGUGUGGCCGUAAUUGCAUGAGAGAUUGUUGCCUACCAGGAGCAAAGCUACCUCUGUAUGCUUUCCAAAAAUCUGAGAAGGUUGAAUCCAGUGACAAAAAGGAUCCGCCUUUUGCUUUCUUGGAAUCUCUUCUCCUUGGAGAGUGGGAGGAUCGCGUGGAGAGGGGCCUGUUUCGCUAUGACGUUACCGCCUGUUCUACUAAGGUGAUUCCAGGGGAUUACGGGUUUAUCGCGCAGUUAAACGAGGGUCGCCACCUCAAAAAGCGUCCAACUGAAUUUCGAGUGGAUAAAGUUCUUCAGCCAUUCGACGGAAGCAAGUUCAACUUCACUAAAGUCGGGCAGGAAGAGAUUCUUUUUCAGUUUGAAGCAAGCAAAGACGGUGAAGUCAAAUUCUAUCCUAAUGCCCCUGUUGAUGUAGAAAGUUCCCCUAGUGUUGUUGCCAUUAAUGUUAGUCCAAUUGAAUACGGACACGUGCUUUUGAUUCCUCGAAUUCUCGAGUGUCUGCCUCAAAGAAUUGACCAUGAAAGCCUCUUGCUUGCACUUUACAUGGCGUCAGAAGCUGGGAAUCCGUACUUCCGUUUGGGUUACAAUAGUCUCGGUGCUUUUGCUACUAUCAAUCAUCUUCAUUUUCAGGCUUAUUAUCUUGCUGUUCCGUUUCCAAUCGAGAAAGCCCCCACUAGAAAGAUCACCGACUUCAAUGGCGGAGUUGUAAUUUCCGAGAUUCUCAAGUACCCUGUUAGAGGCCUUGUCUUCGAGGGUGGAUAUUCGCUUGAAGAUCUAUCAAAUGCUGUCAGUGAUUCAUGCAUCUGCCUUCAAGACAACAAUAUUCCGUAUAAUGUCCUUGUUUCAGACUCCGGGACCCGCGUGUUUCUCUUACCUCAGUGCUAUGCGGAGAAACAAGCUCUAGGAGAAGUGAGUCCCGAGCUUCUAGACACACAGGUGAACCCAGCGGUUUGGGAGAUCAGCGGACACAUGGUGUUGAAACGGAAACAAGACUAUGAAGGUGCCAGCGAGGAUAACGCGUGGCGACUUCUUGCUGAGGUGUCACUCUCUGAGGCUCGUUUCCAGGAAGUGGUAGCCCUCAUCUUUGAAGCCAUCUCGUGUGUUGUUACUGAGAAUGUGAGCGUGCCUGAUGAAGACGAGCAAGAUGUUGAAGAUGUUGAUGCCCUUAACAAUGGGUCCCACCAGACCGCCAUUGUUGCUGGAAAGCAAGAAUGCCUUGUUCAGCACUAGGGGUAGUUUGGGUAUUUUACAACCGGUGUUUGUGUCUUAUAGACUUAAAGUUUAUGUACCUCCUUAAAUAACAACACAUGAGCUUCAUAUCUUGUUCAAGUAUGGUUCAUGUGUUGAAUGGAGCUAUGUUAUGUACUAUAGUUUUUUAAUUUUGUGCAAAAGAUUUGAUGUUUGAUACUUUAUUUAAUUUAAUUAUGACUUGUGAGUUGCUAUAUCA